UUGCACAAUGAUCCUCGACUAACUGUUAACACACAAUGCGGUUGUGAGUCAAAGGUUAAACACGCCAUCGAUCGUCAUCUCGGCUUCAUCGCAACGUCUACCGAUUUCUUACUUUGAAGUCCAGUGGUAUCACCCUGAAACUAUCUUGCCUCGGACUACCACAGCGACUCGAGGCCUAAAGGGUUAAACGUAUCGCAAGAAACAGACCUCCGCGCGCGGCGAUGCUGGGCAAUGCUUCCUCUUCCCAUCGCGAUCUCCAUUUCCCCGGGCAAAAAAGUAGCCGUGCAGCGGCGAUGGACUACAGUCACCGUUUCUCUACAAGGUAUGCUAAGCUAAGCGCAAGAAGCGGCGGCGGAGGCGGCCGCGGUUGGUCUCUCGGGCAACCUCGAAGGUGGAAGGAAGUGGCGAGGCAGCAGGCAGCGGCCAAGCUAGGCGUGAGUCAUCGAGGCGAGACAAGAUCUCGGAAUGUUGACGCGCAUAUUAUAUCUCCGGUCAGUGAAUUUAAUGGUACGGCCGAUAAUGAUCAAUCAAAAUGAAAAACCUGCUCUUUAGAAGCGCACAAUUUUACGUCGUCGUGGAGUAUCAGUAAUGACGACGUCUUCAUUCUGCACAUUACAAGAGUGCGAGAAUGCGAGAAUGUGACGAAGACGAGUCUUGUUUUUCUCUCGCUCGAUGCGAAAAAAACGUAUUGUAAAAAACUUACGACGGCGCGGCG